AUGCCAGGAGUAUCCCGUUUCACGCAAGUGAGGGACGGGAUUCGAAGUUCUCUCCUACGUCAACGAUCGAAGAUUAGAGACGCUGCCGCGUUUGCCAAGGAAAGUAAAAUAAGGUGGGCCGGACACAAGGUACCCUAUACAAAUGUUGACUUCAACGACUGGCGCUGUCCUAAGAAAAACAUUGAAGGUUCUGACUACCAGUAUAAUGCUGAAGCGGUAAGAAACUGCCGUCUUGUUGGUUUACUCGAUCUAGACCAAGGAAGACCGGAAGUUCGAGAGAAACUCAUCGCAUUUCUCAAUCAUCUUAUUGAUCUUGGAAUAGCUGGCUUUAGGUGCGAUGCUUCCAAACAUAUGUGGCCUGGCGACUUGAUGCUAAUUCUUAAUGGGACAAGGAAUUUGAGAGAGGAUAUAUUCGGUCCCAAUCAACGCCCAUUCAUCGUUCACGAAGUGAUAGAUAGAGGACAUGAAGCAAUAAAAGUUGCUGAAUAUACGGGAUUGGGGAGAUACACAAACUUCAACUUCGGCGGUGCUGUUUCUGCUGCAGCUAAGGGAACGACUGGCUGGGACCUUUUGUCAUCCCUUGGCCCUGGAUAUGGAUACGGUAACGGCGCGGAUAAUGACGUUUUGAACUUCAUCGACAAUCACGACAAUCAAAGGGACGAUCACCCUUAUGUGGUAACCUAUAAGGAUGGCGACCGUUAUCGACUAGCGGUGGCGUAUAUGAUGGCCUGGCCUUACGGUUACCCAAGGGUAAUGAGCAGCUUCUACUUUGACCAUCGUGAUCAAGGACCACCACACUCUGGUUCGAAAACAGGAUAUGCGACAAGAUCACCAACAUUUGUGAGCCACGAUGAGACAUGUAACGUAACAUCCGGAUGGGUAUGUGAGCAUCGCUGGCCAACCAUUAGAGAAAUGGCCAAAUUUCGUUCUACUGUGAAAGGAGCCGCAGCUACUCAGAUCGUAAAAGACAAUAACCGGCUAGCUUUCGCUCGCAGAGGACGAGGAUUUUUUGCUAUAAAUGGAAACAAUGGGAAAUGGGGAAGGUUCUUCGCAACAACAAUGCCGGAAGGAAAUUACUGUGACCAGUACGCAGGAAGUUUAAAAAAUGGAAAAUGCACGGGACGUACAAUUCAUGUAAAGAAGAACGGUCAAGCCUUCCUGCGAAUUGGUGGCAAGCAAGCCGUCGCUUUCUCUCUUGCUUCACGAAUUGGUGAUCCUCCUGUCCGACCAGAUCUAGAAGAUUAUUCAAAGACUGUGAUCCUGAUUAAGAAAAACACUCAUGGAGGCCAGUACGUCUUCAUUCGUGGUGGAACCAGCCAUGCUAACGACGAUGAGUGUCAGCCAGGUUUAUACCAGCAACGUAAUGACAAAUGUGCUAUUCCUAUCAUGCACAACACUACGGUGCCAUUUGUCUACAAUGAAUAUCUUUCAUGGAGCCAAGGAGACGAAUUUCUCGAUUUUGAAGGACCCGAAGAAGAACAAGGAACGUACAAUGGUCGAGCUGCGUCUGGGACACCAUUGGCUUACUCAACGAAUAAUCCUUCAGAAUUCGAAUAUAAUCAGCAUAACAAAUAUGGUCCCAGCUACUGGUUAGUGGAGUUGUUUGUGGAUUGCUCAAAAACUGACCAGGGAUGGUUCGAACUCAAGGGUUAUCUUACACCGUCUCACGAAUGGGAGCCAAAUAUCAACCAGGGGAAAUGUACUGGCAGCAUUGGUGGUUCUGCACCUUUUCGUAGUAUCAAUCAUAUCGCGAAGUGUGACGUUGACAUCAGCCUUCGGGAGGAAGACUUACAAAACAGACCCAACCCCUGGUUGGUUUCGAGAAUGGGUGUGUUAAUUUACCUUUUAUCAUGCUUCUACUUGGCAACGGCUUAUAACUAUUACUGGUAUGAUGAACCGCAAACUCUACCAAAUCGUCAAGCAAUGGUGCAUCUUUUCGAGUGGAAAUGGACCGAUAUUGCAGCGGAAUGCGAGAGUUUUUUGCAACAUUACGGUUACGGAGCCGUGCAGAUUUCCCCUCCUAACGAGCACAUUUCUUUUGUACUGAAUAACGAUAUUCCGUGGUACAUCAGAUAUCAGCCCGUCAGUUACCAGCUUAUCUCACGUAGUGGAAACGAGGCACAGUUCAAGGAUAUGGUCAAUAGAUGUAACAAAGUUGGCGUUAGAAUCAUUGUCGAUGUUGUUAUGAACCAUAUGGUAGGAGUUUCACAAAAAUCUGGGGUAGAUGGAAAAAGUGGAAGUGGUGGAUCAAGCUUCGAUGGAACAGACGGAGUGGAGCAAUUUCCUGGAGUCCCUUACACCAAAUCUGAUUUCAACGAUUACCGUUGUCACAGAGAUAUUCAAGGAUCUGAUUACCAGAAUAGCGCACAAUCGGUCAAAAAUUGUCGUCUCGUUGGAUUGCUUGAUCUCGAUCAGAGCAACGCAGAAGUACGGAGUAAACUCAUCGCAUAUCUGGACCAACUCAUCGAUUAUGGAGUUGCCGGGUUUAGGUGUGAUGCCUCGAAACACAUGUGGCCUGAUGACCUAAUGGUAAUAUUGAAUGGAACAAAAAACUUGAGAGAAGAUAUUUUUGGCCUCAACCAACGCCCAUUUGUCGUUCACGAAGUUAUUGACAGAGGUGGUGAGGCGGUCAAAUGCAGUGACUACAUUGGAAUUGGGAGGUAUACGAACUUCAACUUCGGCGCUGCAGUGUCAUCGGCAGCUAAAGGAAACAGCGACUGGAAGCUCCUGUCUAAUCUUGGUCCCGGAUAUGCCUACGGUAAUCUUGAGGAUCAUGAUGUGUUGAAUUUCAUCGACAAUCACGAUAAUCAGAGAGACACAAGUCCAUAUGUGGUAACGUACAAAGAUGGCGAUCGAUAUCGAAUGGCCGUAGCGUAUAUGUUAGCCUGGUCUUAUGGUUAUCCAAGGGUGAUGAGCAGCUACUAUUUUAGUCAGCACGAUCAAGGACCACCGAACUCAGGUGCAGGGAAUGGAUAUGCGACUACUUCACCAACGUUCAACACUGAUCAAACAUGCAAUUCAGCAUCAGGAUGGGUUUGCGAGCAUCGAUGGCCAACUAUAAGAGAGAUGACUAAAUUCCGAUCCGCGGUGGAGGGUGCUGCUGCCACCGAGAUUUUCACUGAUAAUCAAAGAAUCGCUUUUGCUCGUGAAGGAAAAGGAUUUUUUGCGUUAAAUGGCAAUGAUCGCAGUUGGAGCAAAAAUUUCCCGACAACAAUGCCAGCAGGAACUUACUGCGACCAGUAUGCAGGCAGCUUGGAAAAUGGCAAGUGUACUCGAACAACUAUAACUGUCGGACAGGACGGAUCAGCAUAUCUACAAAUAGACAGCAGGAAUGUUAUAGCCUUUUCGCUUGCUUCAAGAAUCGGAGCAGCACCUAAUCCUACUACAGUACCCAAAGGUUACCUCAAGACCGUGAUUCUUCUCAAGAAAGACACGUAUCAAGGUCAAAGUCUCUUUAUUCGCGGAGGAGUCAGUCACGCUAAUAAUAAUGUAUGUUCUCCUGGACCUUAUCAGCAGCAAAAUGACAAAUGUGCUAUUCCAAUGGUCCACAACACAAGUGUUCCAUUCGCGUACAUUGAAUAUCUUUCAUGGAGUCAAGGCGAUAACUUCCUAGAUUUUGAAGGAGCCGAGCAGAACCAAGGAACCCAUGAUGGUCAAGUUUCAUUUGGAACGCCACUAGCCUACUCAACCAACAAUCCAUCAGACUACGAAUACCAACCGUACAAUAAAUAUGGUACUGGUUAUUGGCUAGUGCAACUUCUAGUCGACUGUUCCAAAAGUGAUCAAGGAUGGUUUGAACUCAAGGGUUAUGCAUCACCAUCCAUUGGAUGGGAGCCCAAUAUCGCUCAAAGCGCAUGUACUGGAAAGAUUGGCGGCUCGGCACCGUUUCAAAGUGUGAAUCACAUCGCAAAAUGUGGCAACAGGUUUUUGGUCUCCUGA